ACCACACAUUAGCAUCUUGGACACUUAACAAUGCUCUUUCGAAUUUGCGGCCUCAUUCUUACAAGCAUCGAGAUCUUGCAAGUUUAUCUGGCUGUUUCUCAUUCCAACAAGACAAGAUGUCUCCCAAGGAGCAAACUCAGUCGUUGGAGACUGGUACAAAGCGAGUUAGAAAGGGUACAAAGAGAAGCCGUGCAGGAUGCUUGACGUGCAAAUUUCGAAAAGUCAAAUGCGAUGAAGUGAAGCCAGAAUGCACUCGUUGCGAGACUUUUGGUAUCAAGUGCGACGGCUACGAACAUCCUAAGUCAAAAGCCUCACUUCCGAAAUCUCAGAAGAGGCUUUCAUCGUCAGCAUCGAAGCUUCUCCCCGCCCCCGAAUCGACUGUGAGACAUGACACGGAGCUUGAACAGAGAAAUUUCCAUGUCUUCCAGACGGAACUAGUGGCCGGCUUACCAAGUUCAUUCGACUGCAGCUUCUGGAACAAUUUCAUCAUGCAAGGAUGUCAAGACGAGCCCUUCAUAAUGAAAGCAGUAACAGCAUUGAGUUCCUUCAGCACCGCUAAGACUCUCGCGCAGUCUGACAGCCAUGGAGAAGCAAGGUCCAGCGCUAUGGUAGCAGCGCAUAUGGAGUUUGCCUUUCUAGAGUACGACAAAGCACUCCAUCUCAUGGCCACUACACUCAAGGACCAACCAUCUCCAAGGAAGGCACUGAUGAUGUGUCUGUUAGUCUGUUGCUUCGAAAGUAUGGCUGGAAACACAUUGGCAGCAAUCGAUCAUGCGAGGAGUGGACAGAAGCUACUGGACGAAUGGAUGAUAGGCCACUCAUACUCAAAAGGAGUUGGGAACGAUACAAACUCUCCGACUAACGAAAUUCUGGAGGAAGAGGUCAUGAAAGCAGCGGCGUUCUUCGGGCAUCAAGUGGGGUUAUCUGAUACGAGACAGAUAGAAGACAUCUCUGAAAGCUAGAAGAGGUGGAGUUGUUGCAGCACCUCCUAUCCAUUCCACGAUCAUCGACAAGCCACGACCGGCAUGCAAGCAAUACGUGCUCCGACUAUCGAGGUCUGCGACUAGUGACGCCCAUAUUAUCAAGGAACCUCGCACUGGUGGCUUAGAUUUUGCAAGAUAUCUAGGCGUGGGAUCUGGCUACUCAGGACUCAACCACUUUCGUAUUUGAAGGACAGUGUAUUGCCAUAUCGCCAAAUCGUGCAAGAAAUCGUGCAAGCGAAGAGACACAUCUACACCAGAUAAUAUUCCUUAGAGAUGGCAAGCAUAUCUCCAUCACGCAGAAUGAUAGUGCUGCUGAAGUCCUUGGUGCAAUGAUCAGAUUUGAGCGAGAAGUAGUGAGAAUACCCAGCUACGGAGAAACUGAGAAACUCAAUAUCAUACCGAAAGAGCCAAAAAGUGGGAGGAUAGAAGGACAUUUGGUUCUAGAACACGAUAGAAUCAGCCUGCCAGGCCUGUAAAUACCCACUAAGAAUCACCGGUAGAUGACCAAACGGUGUGUGAGUCUUUACCGACAAAUUGGUCAAUACUUAUGAUCCAAUUUGCUUGCAAACCACUUGGGACAGCCUGAUUAGUUUCUGGCUGUAUCUAGGUCAGUCACUUUGAGAUAAUGCAGUACGCAGUCUGAUAAUAGCCUAUAAAUAUACAUCACGUAGCAUGUAUAGCUUCACAUCAUUCUUGUCUGUUGUUUAUACACUGCUG